AUGGCCGAAGUCGGCGAGGACAGCGGGGCCCGCGCCCUGCUGGCGCUGCGCUCGGCGCCCUGCAGCCCCGUGCUGUGCGCCGCCGCCGCCGCCGCCGCCGCCUUCCCCGCCGCCGCCGCCCCCGCGGCCCCCGCGCCGCCCGGGCCCGCCGCCCCGUCGCCGCCGCCGCCCGCCCAGCCCCCGCCGCCGCCGCCGCCGCCGCCGCCGCCGCCGCUGCCGGGCGCGAUCGCGGGGGCCGCGGGGGCCGCGGGGGGCGCGGGGGGCGCGGCGGCGGCGGGCCCGGGCGGCGCGGGGGCGGCGGGGGACGCCCUGGUGGCCGCGGCGGCCGCCUCGGUGCGCCGGAGCCCCGGGCCCGCGCUGGCGCGCCUCGAGGGCCGCGAGUUCGAGUUCCUCAUGCGGCAGCCCAGCGUCACCAUCGGCCGCAACUCGUCGCAGGGCUCGGUGGACCUGAGCAUGGGCCUGUCGAGCUUCAUCUCCCGGCGCCACCUGCAGCUCAGCUUCCAGGAGCCGCACUUCUAUCUGCGCUGCCUCGGCAAGAACGGAGUCUUCGUGGACGGGGCCUUCCAGCGGCGCGGCGCGCCCGCCCUGCAGCUGCCCAAACAGUGCACUUUUCGGUUCCCCAGCACGGCCAUAAAGAUCCAGUUCACAUCACUAUACCGUCAGGAGGAAGCCCCGGCGUCUCCCCUCCGGCCCCUCUACCCGCAGAUCUCCCCUCUGAAGAUUCACAUUCCGGAGCCGGAUCUCCGCAGCUUGGUCAGCCCCAUCCCGUCCCCAACUGGCACCAUCAGUGUUCCCAACUCCUGCCCGGCCAGUCCACGUGGAGCCGGGUCAUCCGGUUACCGCUUUGUUCAGAAUGUGACCUCAGACCUGCAGCUGGCAGCAGAGUUUGCAGCAAAGGCCGCCUCAGAGCAGCAGGCAGACACGUCUGGAGGGGACAGCCCUAAGGACGAGUCGAAGCCACCGUACUCCUACGCUCAGCUGAUCGUGCAGGCCAUCUCGUCCGCGCAGGACAGGCAGCUAACACUAAGCGGGAUCUACGCCCACAUCACCAAGCAUUACCCUUACUACCGGACAGCUGACAAAGGCUGGCAGAAUUCGAUCCGACACAACCUCUCCUUGAACCGUUACUUUAUUAAAGUCCCUCGUUCCCAGGAGGAGCCUGGGAAGGGGUCUUUUUGGCGAAUAGACCCUGCCUCAGAAGCUAAGCUCGUGGAACAGGCAUUCCGAAAACGGAGGCAGAGGGGUGUCUCCUGCUUCCGCACCCCCUUUGGGCCUCUGUCGUCCAGGAGUGCUCCAGCUUCACCCACUCACCCUGGGCUAAUGUCCCCUCGUUCUAGUGGCCUGCAGACCCCAGAGUGCCUGUCUCGAGAGGGCUCACCCAUUCCACACGACCCUGACUUUGGGUCAAAGUUAGCUUCCGUUCCAGAGUAUCGGUAUUCCCAAAGUGCACCUGGCUCUCCGGUCAGUGCCCAACCAGUGAUCAUGGCUGUGCCUCCUCGACCACCCAGCUUGGUGGCGAAGCCCGUGGCCUACAUGCCAGCGUCCAUAGUGACAGCACAGCAGCCAGCAGGCCACGCCAUCCACGUCGUGCAGCAGGCUCCCCCUGUCACCAUGCUCAGGGUGGUCACCACCUCCGCCAACUCUGCCAAUGGGUACAUCCUCGCCAGCCAGGCCUCAUCAGGGGCUGCCCAUGAAGCGGCGGGCACAGCUGUGCUGGACCUGGGCAGUGAGGCCAGAGGCCUGGAAGAGAAGCCCACCAUCGCGUUCGCCACCAUCCCUGCUGCCAGCCGCGUCAUCCAGACCGUGGCCAGCCAGAUGGCCCCAGGGGUCCCUGGACAUACGGUCACCAUUCUGCAGCCGGCCACACCAGUGACCAUUGGGCAGCACCACCUCCCUGUCCGGGCCGUCACUCAAAACGGGAAGCAUGCGGUCCCCACGAACAGUUUAGCUGGCAGCACUUACGCCCUCACGAGCCCCUUGCAGCUCCUGGCGGCCCAGGCUAGUUCAUCCACGCCAGUGGUGGUCACACGGGUGUGCGAGGUGGGGCCUGAGGAGCCGGCAGCGGCAGCCGCCACCCCAGCAACCCCAGCCACAGCUGCCACCUCUGCCUCUUCCACCGGGGAGCCCGAGGUCAAAAGGUCGCGUGUGGAGGAGCCCAGUGGGACUGUGACGGCGCAGGCCGGGGUGAUUGCAGCUGCUGGCCCGCAGGGACCGGGAACCGGGGAGUGAAGUCGCCUGCGAGUGGGCCGAGUGGGAUGCUCGCCAAAAGGGAUUCUGGAGCCGGGCCCUGACCGCUGGCCUCCUGCCACCUGGGGACCGCAACGAGGAGGCUCCAUGCUGACCUGCGCACGUGCCAAGCGGACAGGACGGCCUCCACCUGCCUGCACCCGGACACACUCGUCCUCCUUGUUCUGUCUCCUGCCCCUGCUGUGGUUUAAAACAAAACACAUAAACAAGUUCAGACAGCUGAUUGUAUGAUUCAGGAAUGCUUGUUUUUAUUUUCCUUCUCCCUUACACCGUUUUCUCUCCCAGGCCUGUGGUCCAGCACUGGAUCACAGGCCAACCGGGCCAUGAGCAGAGGCAAGGCUUCCGGAGCAGCCUUCACCCCCACCCCCACCCCCAGAGGACAGACGGAGCCGCGGCGAGGCACAGAGGCCGUGCAUGGGAGGGCCGGCAGGGGGCAUGAGUCCUGUCUGCGGCAGAGCGGGAGGAGGCAGGAGAGAGGCAGGAACUGCCAAAGCUCAGACUGUCUUGUGGGGUUUUCGCCCUAAAAUAGUGACAUAGAAGUCUCGGCAUUAAUCGGGGGGGGCGGGAGCUCUGGUUUGGCUUUGGACCCCAAGUACUUCUUGUUUUGUUGAAACAAAUUGAGGCUUAAUCAUAAACCUGAGAUGGAAACACAGAAGGCAACAUGUAUUUGUGAGGUCAGCACCUAUGGGCAGUUUACCAGCUGUAUGUCUGGGCUGCUUACUGGCAUUAAUCCCGUGAAGAGCUGGUGAUGCCGCUCUGUCUGCUAACUUCAAGAAAGAUUGACGGCCACCUGGAUUGGUGUUCGGGGCAGAAAGUCGUCUGGGUGAGGAGCGGCAGUCCCUGGUCCAGAGGCUCCAAAACCAGGAAUCGGCGAGCCCGGCGUCCUCUGCAGGCCUGAGGCCCCGGUGCCUGAAUGCCGUGGGAUGCGCAGCAGUGGCGUAGGCCUCUCCCACCACCGUUGUCACCAAGUCACACUUGCUUUACUGCCCAACACAUACCUCCUGCUAUAAGUCACAUCGUCUCCUGCUCCUGCAGCACCAGUCCUCUGGUAAGCAGUGGCCGCGCCACCCCUGCGUUCAGCUCCUGAUGACUCCAUUGGUCUUCCCUGCAACCUGGCCACGUGACCCGGCGAGUGACACCAGCUCCCCCAGGGAAGGACCCCAGCUCCCCCAGGGAAGGACCCCUGCACUUGUAGAUGCCCCAUGCUGCUGGAGCUGUCAGCAGAGCAGGUGAGCCCACACUGCCUGAUUAUUAGCCCUGUUUGGGAUCCAGAUUAUAGUUCUUCAGCUCCUCUUGGAGAACAUUCUCAGGAAAUGUUAAGCACGUCUGUGAAAAGUGACUUUAAAUUUGGCUGCCACGCUGGCAUCUGGCAUCAAUUUUUCUGGCAAUGGACACUGCCUGAAACGGCAGCCACAGGCCCUGCACAGAAGUCCAGCAGGGAUGGUUUUUCUUCCUGAAAGUAGCCUGUCCUCAGCAUUAGUCUCCCACCGACCAAGCUGCCUGCCCCCCACUGUGCCCUGAUGUCAGCACCCGAAAGAGUGCAGCCCCCUUAAAGCUCCCAAGAGGAGGAGUGGGCCUCAAUGAUCAGGUCAGGUACUGGCUCAGAACGAAAGGGAAACUGUGGAACACAAUUUCGAGGCCGUUUGGGCAGGAUUGGCUGAUGCAAACUUGCCCUGGCGACAGCCAGAGCUCAUCGGAGGCCAGGGUGGGUGUGACCAGACGAGUCUUGCUGCCACAGUCGUCAGGGUGUCCAUUGCUGGGGACAAGUGCAGAGUGGCCUCCUGCCCAGCCCAGGGCAAGGCCUGUACUGGUGUUCCUCAGGCCCCAAACCAGUCGUUUCUAUGGCACCCAACUUUAAGUGGGAAAAGAGCUCUUCUGUGAAGUCCAUACCUGUUGCCUUCAGUGACGUUGGCCGUCCUUGGGGAUGAGAAAUCUCACUCUGUUCCACGUCAAUGUUUUCUGUUCUAGCAACUCUAUCCUUUGCAUCAGCUGCUGUGUGCGUGAGAGGGCGAGUGGCUGGGCGGAUGCAGUGGCACGCACAGAGGUUUUUUGGCUCCUUGCCAAGGGCCUCACCUUUGAGGGUCUGACCCUGGGGCCUGUUGCUUUUUCCCUCCCACCGUCAUCGUUUACAGGGUCCUUUCGGAGGGGCGUUGCCCAGGGUUUGUCUCCAUAGGAAAGCUGGCGCCCUCUGCAGAGAACACAGGACAGUUGGCUGCCAGAAACAUGUCAGGGCCUCACCUGAUUGGGUCAGUCUGGCACUGACCCUUUGCUCUCCCAACUUUGAGGUGUUUUGGUUUCUGCUCGUUUUUGGUGAUGGUUCUGCUCUCUAUUCGGGUGGUGGUUCCAGGAGAAGCGGGUACAGGGAGGUCUGGAUGUCGGCUGGUGGUACUCUGCCCCAUGGAGAGCUUGUGCCUUGUUAGCUCCUGCUGGGACCAAGAAGGGGACCCUGUGGGAUCAGCUCAGGCUGGGUGCAGGGCGGGGAGGGGGGUGGAGAGGGGCUGGGCCUUGCGGGAAUGGCCACCCUGUGUUCACAGCGCGCUUCUGGAUGGGGCCAGGGUCAUCUGACCAGAUAGCAGGCCCGGUUUGUGCCACCACUUGUCCUGGGACUGGUAGCCAAAGGCCCAGGGUGGCCCAUGCCUCAGGGAGAUGCACCUCACAGCAGAAAGGGCUGUGCCCCAGAGCUGGCCAGGGGAUGGUCUCCUCCAAACUGGAACCAAGAGGCCAGCCGUGACCAAAGAAUUGCAGCCCUCAGAUUCUGGAUUAUAGAGGGUGUGCCAACCCCCGCCGAGAUUAGAACAAGUGGAAAUAGGUCCACUCUGGCACAAUGCUGGUGUCACUGUGGCCCCAGAGGCCCGAGAACCUUCUCUUUGAUCACCAAGGGGCUCACGUGUGUGAAGAGGUCAGCUAGGCCCAAGUGUGCGGCUUUGAGAGGGGCUCACCUUCUCCUGCGCUGUGACCCAGGGUAUGCAGGCCCUCUCCACCCGGCUCCCAGGUACCUCUUCUCUCUCUCCUGCUUACCUGUCACCAUGUUUAGCAGCACCAGGUACAGGAAAACACCCUCCCUAUGUAGGAAGGAAGUCACAAAAGUAAUUACUUUUCAGUAGUUGAGCGUUUUCCACCAAGACAGUCUGGUCUGGUGUUGGGAGGCAGAGGGUUGGUAACCAGAGCUCACCGCUGGUGUCCCAGGGCCCAGUGGGUGCAGCAGUGUGGGACACAGCUCCUGGCACCCAGGGUGGAUCUCACAAGCUGUCCACAUCUUUGUUCCACACUGACGCCCUCCGAGGUGAUGCACACCAGCGUCUGCUGAGGACAGGCCAGUACAGCGCUGCUAGGAAUCAAACACACUGUCCUUUUUCCACUUUCUUGGUAAAUUCUUACAGAUUGUGGAGCUUGCAUCCCAUGGUGAGGUUUGACGUGUCCCAGAACAGCCCAUUGUCUUGGCACACAGCCUUGCCCCAUGCUCUGAGGACGACAGGACCGAUCACUGGGUCCACCGUGCAGCGCAGCACGAGGCCAGUGCCGGGGAACAGGGUCCGUGUGCCUACUGUCUCGCCUGUCAGCUUUCCGUUCUCCGUCGGGUGGGUUCAUGUUUGAGGGCUACUGUUUGUCUUUUUCUUUGUUUAAGAACCGGGCCAAGUUGAGAAGAUGAGAAAGGCUUUCUGGGUUGAUAAAAUGAGUAUUCUGUGAUUCUCAAAGUAGGAGAGAAUAGUUCAGGGCCAGGGGUGUCGCCAUGGCUGGAAGGUGGGGGUUCCACCUUGCCCCAGGCAGCCUGACCCCAAAGGGUUCCGUGGGGACCUCCUGGUCCCUUUUCUGCUCCUCACUGGGGCUGGUGGAGGAUUGGCUUGAGCCCACGAGCAUCACUGGGUCAGUCUCUCCCUGCCUCUGAGGACAGGUGUUCAUGGAGCAUUCAGAGGGCUCCAUCCUCUCCAGAGGGAGCAACACAAGUCCCCUCUGCAGAAACCCUCUUGUGAGCCAUUCAGAGUUGAGAAGAAAGAGCAGGCUUGCCUUUGGCCUUGAGAUCAGUUUCUUAAUAGAACAAAAACUAGGCCUCACGUGAAGGAAGGAGCACCUAGUUGAAUGUGAGAAAGCAUCAGAGAGGAAACAACAUCCCCUGAGUUCUUGGAGCACAGAAGUCAGUCCAGUGGGUGCGGGUCGGGAUGUGCUGUUCUCCAAAUGCCACAGAUUCUACUUUGCCCUUGAGCUACUGUGUGUGGGAUGUGGGAUGUGGGAUGUCAUGGGAGCCCAGGGCCCAGCCCUGCGCCUCAGGGAGGAAGGAUGUAAGGUCCCCGGCAAGGGCUCCUGUCUCCGGGCAAGUACGUAGUGAGUGUGCUGCUCAUUCUAGAAUCAGGCUGUGAGGCUGUGCCUGUGACAGGAGCCAGGGCUGCGAGGUGGAAGGCCCGGGCAGCAGGUGUGCUGCAGGCUGGCAGCCCCCAACCACAGUCCCAUUGCCAGCGUGACCUAAAGGAGAGGACGUUUCCCAUAACCCCUCACAAGUCGCCCGUAUGAUACCUCUGCUUCGGAGCAAUAGUAACAGUGCUUGCUGAGAGUUUAAGUUAUUCAGAUGCACCGCUGCGGCGGGGCCGCCACAGGUGUGGGCGCGGACGUCCCCUGCCCAGUUUCUGUCCAUUGUUUUCAAGUUGUUUCCCCUCUUAUAAAGCCUUUUCAUUUUGAGUCCUUUCCCAAGGCCUCGAUUCUCGCAUGAGGUUUUAAAUGCUCAGGACCCGGCUGGGUGGGUGCAGGGCGUCUGCGGGAGCCCCGGUGGGCAUGGGCAGCCAGUGGCGCCAAGAGUGGGCCAUGGCCUGGGUCGGGGUGGCCACCACCUCCGCUGUCCUGGUGUCGAGAUGGGACUUUGUGAUGCAGCCAUGAGCAUGUCCUCCGAAUUGAUGUACAACAGGCCCACCGCACAGACUGUGUUUAAGGAACAUUGUUUUGUUCCUGGCUACCCUACAGCCCGCAGGAGCCGCCAGCCCGGGCCACCAGCCGAGCAGGACCGUCCCUGCCAAGGUGCUCAGGUGCUCAGGGGCCCAGGCUCACCGCAGUGCAGCCCCACAUCAGCACCACAACCUGGGCGGUGAGCACAGAGGUGUUGGGAGCCAGGCCUGCAGUGUGGGGCGGGGCGGAGGGGGCGGGCACAAUGGGGUUGCUGCCUAGACCAGCUUCCCCCCACACCCCAGGGUGGGGGGUGGGAAAGUUCUCAGGAGUACAAGGCAACUACAAGGAGGUGGGAAGUCCGAAGGAUUGCUGCUCAGAGCUUGAUGGGCCUGUGCCUCCAGCGUGGCAGUGAUACGUCUACCCAUCUGGACCGGCUGCUUUGGCCCUGAGAUGCAGGCCUUGUCCCUGGGAUGCUGGAGCCCAGCCAGUUAGUGACAGUGGCCCUCCUAUAGUCAGCCACAGCCAGGACUUCCACAGAAGCUCUGCCUACCAUCAGGGCCUGGCGUUUGCACUGCAUUUUUACACAGGACUGAAAUGAAAAUCUUUUCGGAAUUAGUGAGACUUGGGAUCCUGUUUCUUCGUUCUCCUAACCCCUAGUUUUGGCCCUCGCCACUUCAGCCAAGAGUGAGCAGAACAUCUCUGUUUCUAAGGAGAAACCCCACAAAGCACUUCAUCUAGUCCUGGCACCUACUUGUCAUUGAGGCUCACUUGGGAGGUGUGAGCAGCAGGAACCAGGGAGCCAGCGGGGGUGGCCAUCUGCACGGGGGUGACCUCCUGCAGCCCCUAGUCUCCCACCUGCUUCUCGGGCAGGAGAGUCUCCACAUGGCUCUCUCCUCUUUGUUCCAACCAUUAUUUUAAGAGUCAAAUACAAGUGGAAGAAUUCUGGCUUAUCUAUUCAAGAAUCUUUUCUGGAACAGUUUGCUCAUUUGAUUCAUCUAAAUAUUUAUUGAUGGCUUACUCUGUGUCAGAAAUAGUGAAAAGUGCCCAGCAGGGGGGCAGGCCUGGGAGGGAGGUGGCCCCACUGCUGGGGCAUGUCCCCGAGUCACGAGGCACAUGCCGACCUGUCCCCUAAAUGCUGAGCGAGCUGGCUGGGCUGGAAUGAGGCCUGGGACUCUGAGGUGAGUUUUCUGCACAUGAAGGUAACUGGUGUGGAGGAUGUUAGACUGGGCCUGUGGCCUUUUAAGUUCUUAGCCUCUGAGUUUCUGCUAACUGACCCACCACAUCUUUUUUUUUUUUUUUUUUUUAAUCCAUUAAAAUGGGAUUUAAAAUCAAACAUUUAAAAUUUGGCCAUUCCCUGCUUCCCUGCCAGCUUCCUUUCCAGAAGGCUUUCUGGAUACCCAUACACUUAAUUUACAUGGCUCAGUCUGUAUUUCAGGAUGGGGGUCAGGGAGGAGAGAGACAGAAGUGUGCCCCCGACUCCCACCUGGGUCGGCCGAGUUCAGCCCCAUUGAGCUGUGCAUGUCCCGCAAACCCUCGUGCCCCAGAGGUCGGCCCACGUGAGAAGGGAUUGAACCAGUACUGAGAUUUUUUUUUUCCUUACCUGCCGGUAAUUCUCCUGUAAAGAUAAUUUGGGGGGCGGGUGUUAGGGGUGCGUGUGUGUGCGCGUGUGAGAGCGUUUUUUUUUUGUUUUUUUUUUUUUUACAGUGGCUGUCUAAAGUAUUUUCCACAGUACGUGUAAUAAUCAGUGCUUUAAAAGCGGUGGUACCCCAUACAGUGGAAACCAGCGCACGGGAUUGGAGGCCCCACCGUGUUGCAGGCUCCUGCCCCCUGUGCGUGCGUCAGUCUCCGGGAAGCCCAAGGGGACCCAGACGCCCCCACAGGUGGCAGGGAGCCAGCGGUCCCAUCCCCAGAAAGAUGAGAGGCCCCAUAGCAGCUGGGCCCGCCUGUGUUUUCAUUUCAAAUGGGAUACAGUAUUUUUUUAAUGAGGAGCCAUACUUUUUUUUAAAAGUUUGAGAUCUGAAUGUGAUUUCUAAUUGUAUCAGACGUUAAUGUUUUAAAGCUAUAACAAAGUUUAAAAUUUCUACUUUUUGUUUUUCAUUUAUUUUAACUGUUCUUUUAUCUAUUAAAUUGUCGUAUGUGGAUGGGGAAGUUCUGUUUCUCCUCUUAGCAUUUGUUUCUAUAACCAGAAAUAAAAUUAUAUAUUACAGAAAUGA